AUGCGUCAGGCCAUCACAUCAGCACAGAUAGCGCACUGGUUUACUGUCGGGACGCAGUUUGCAAACAUCCGAAUCACUGAUGAAGUAAAAACGCAGUCACAGCCCGACGAGCAAUGCUCUGAGCAUAGCUUUCCAGAGAAGGAUGAAUCAGAUGGGGGAAACCAGAAAAGCAGGAUGCCAGAACUGCUGACCAGUCCAGGGACCUCCCCCCCUCCACUGGCCAGUUAUGAGUAUCCAAUUCUCCCUAUUACAAAGAACAGACAAGAGUUGGUCACUCUUAUUGAGAAUAACUCCGUCAUCAUUAUCCGUGGAGCGACAGGCAGUGGGAAAACCACCCAGCUGCCACAGUUCAUCCUGGAUCACUAUACAGAGAGAAACAUGCCCUGUAACUUGGUGGUUACACAGCCACGUAAGAUUGGUGCCACCAGCAUUGCCCGCUGGGUUGCACGUGAACGAAAAUGCACCCUGGGCAGCUUGGUGGGGUAUCAGGUGGGUUUAGAGAAGAUGGCCACAGAACACACUAAACUGAUUUAUGUGACCACAGGAGUCUUAUUGCAGAAAUUAGUGGGUUCCAAAACACUCACAGAGUACUCUCACAUCUUUAUAGAUGAGGUCCAUGAGAGAACAGAGGAGCUGGACUUCCUGCUGCUGGUGGUCAAAAAACUGCUACGGUCCAAUUCCAGAUAUGUCAAGGUCAUUCUGAUGUCUGCCACCAUAAACUGUGCAGAGUUUGCAGAGUAUUUUGGAACUCCAAUCCGCAAUCAGAUGAAUCCAGCAUAUGUGUUUGAGGUGGAAGGAGCACCGUACAUUGUUGAAGAGUUCUACCUGGAUGAACUCAAAAACAUCCUGCCUCUUGGAGUAAAUAUGGACUUAACCCCCCCAGAUGAUCCUUGUAUCACAGAGGAGAUGUAUAAUGUUGCUGUGUCUCUAAUCCAGAGCUUUGAUGAGAUGGAGGCUAAAAAUCAAAGAUCCACAAAGCAGACUGGAUGUUCCACUCACCCAGAUAGAGGUAGUGUGCUCGUCUUCCUGCCUGGGCUUGCUGAAAUUCAAUAUAUGAAAGAAGCCCUCGCAAAACUUGUGCGCAAGAGGUUGCAGGUAUAUCCUCUCCACUCUACUGUAACUUUAGAGGAGCAAAACGGAGUGUUCCUAGUUCCUGUACCUGGAUACAGGAAGAUAAUCCUCUCCACAAACAUUGCAGAGAGUUCUGUCACUGUGCCUGAUGUGAAAUAUGUGAUUGAUUUCUGCCUUGUGCGUCAGUUAGUGUGUGAUAAGGAAACCAAUUACAGAUCUCUCCGUAUCACCUGGGCCUCCAAGACCAGCUGCAACCAGCGACGAGGUCGUGCUGGGCGGGUGUCUAAAGGGUUCUGUUACCGGUUAGUGACCAGACAUUUCUGGGAGCAUGACAUUCCAGAUUUCACAAUCCCUGAGAUGCUGAGGUCACCACUGGCCAGUUCCCUGUUGAAGGUAAAGCUGCUGGAUAUGGGCGAUCCCCGCUCUGUCCUCUCCACGGCCCUCACGCCACCCAACCUCAAUGACAUCGAGAGGACUGUCCUCCAACUCAAACAGAUCGGAGCUCUCUCUGUGCAGAGCAGCAGUCAGAGGCAAUUUGAUGGCGAGUUGACGUUUCUUGGUCGUGUGUUGGCGCACCUGCCUGUGGACCUGAACUUGGGGAAGCUGAUUGUUCUUGGACAUGUGUUUGGCUGUCUAGAGGAGUGUCUUAUCAUUGCUGCAUCACUCUCUCUGAAGAGCUUCUUUGCAAUGCCAUCACUGCAGCAUCUGGCUGGGUAUAGGAGUAAGCUGACUUUCGCACAAAAUGUUUCCAGUGAUUUCAUUGCUUUUGUUAAUGCUUUUAAGGCCUGGUACUCGUCUAGAGCUAAAGGAGAACUCAGACACCCAAAGGAUGAACUGGAAUGGGGCAAAGAGAACUGCAUUCAGAUCAAACGAAUCCGUGAGGUAGCAGAGCUCUUUGAGGAUCUGAAGAAGAGAGUGUCCAAAUUCAACAUGCUCAUCAGCAGCUCAUCAAACCCCACAGAUUACACUAACCUGCACAAACAGAAAUUUAUCCUGCAGUUGGUGAUUGCAGGUGCAUUCUUCCCAAACUAUUUUGCUCAGGGAGAGAUCGAGGAGCAGAUGGCAUCUAAGGAACUUUCCGGAAAUGACCCAAAGACCACCGUUCUGCUUAGGAAUUUGCCUCCAUAUGCGUUCCUGUGCUAUAAGCAGAUACAGUCUCUUUUCCGUCAGUGUGGACAGGUCAAAUCAAUUGCAUUCGACGGAUCCAGAGCAUAUGUGGAGUUCUACCGCUCAUGUGUGAGGGAGACAGGUGUGUUACCUGAAGUGUUGUUGGCAUUGCUGCGAGCGCGACACACUCCAGCUCUCCAACUUCAAGUGCACCACGCAGAUGAGGUGGAGGUCCACGCUAAAGGAAAGCCCAUAACACACCUGCGUUAUGCAAGGGUUAAUGUGGAUGUUCAGAGCCAUGCUGUGUGUCCUGUUGGAGUUCUGAGCAGCACCGUAGAUCCACACAAACUUCCAUCCAGCAGAGAUUUCAUCAUUAACAUCACAGAGGUGAUCGAUGUUGGCCAUUUCUGGGGCUUCCAGACAGAUGAGAACAGUGUAGCAAAACAGUGUCAGUUAACCGCAGCAUUGAACAUGAGAGAUCUGAGACCCGUGUCUGUCUCUCUCUACCCAAACCUGCUGUGUGUGGCACCCUUCACAGACUCUCAGCACCCAGCAAAAUACUACAGAGCCAAAAUACUGCACAUUCUGUGCAGCAACAUAGAGGUGUUCUUUGUUGAUUUUGGCAACACAUCUAAAGUCCCAUGCAGCAGUCUGAGAGAACUCCCAUCUGACCUUGUGACUCAGCCAUUUCAAGCACAGGAGUUCUGCAUCGCAGGGAUGGGUCCGUCUGCACAGUCACUGAUUCUUGGCGAUCGCUGGAGCAGUCGGGCACGGAACCGCUUUAAGAUGCUCACGAGCGGCUGCUCUGCCAUCGUGUCGCUGUACUCCAUUCUUCAUGGUGUCAUGCGCGUAGACCUGCGCAUCUCCAUGGAGACAGGUGAUGUCAGCGUGGCUGACCUGCUGGUGCAGGAGGGACAUGCCUGCCAUGCCCCUGAAAGCUUUGAGAGUCAGCAAUCCCAUGAGAUUCUGAUGUCUCUGUAUCAGGAUAUGGCCUCUGGCAGAUUCACCCCCAGUUCUACUUGUGGUUCCUUGAACAGCAGGAUGGAGGAAGACAAACAGCUUAUCAACCAGCUCCUUCAGCACUUUUCCACACCUAGUAGCAGCGCCCCCAAGUGCAAGGCUUUGGUUCAUGGUCCCAGCAGUCCUCAUAAGGUCAGCUUCCACAGCAUGAGCAGGGUCAGCCAGUUCAGAACUGUUAGCAUAGAAAGGGACAGUAUUAACUCCGUAAUGGUGAAUGAAAAUCCCCAAGAUUGGCAUGAGAGGAUGUUGGUGGCUGCAGCCGUGUCUCUCUCUGCCUCAGGUUCUCAUAUCCUGUUGAAGGAAACAUCUCUGAUGCCUCCCAUCCCAGGCCUUCCCUCCCUUGUUAAUAUGCUCUUCACCCCUGUCAUGGAACUACGUACUAAUGAGGACAGGACCUGUUUUACUGGUGCUCUUUGCGGACUGGGCUGGAACUCCAUUUCUCAAGAUGCAUUACUUCCUGAACAUGACAUUGAGCUUGCCUUUGAUGUCACGUUUGAUAUUGAAGACAUCACAGAGAUAAAUGCAUUGCGAGGCACAGUGAACAGGUUGGUGUGUGAGGGAACAAACGGCCUGUUAAAUUUGAGCACUGAAAAGAUCAGCAGUCUGCAGGAGGACGCACGAGAACGACUCAUCAGACUCUUUAUUAAAAACCCUCCUAGACUGUCGUGUAAGCAUUUGUACUACGACAAACCGAAGAAAUGGAACUUGGUGGAUCGUUCACAGCAGAUGGAGCUGCAGGAGAAGAAUGAUGGAAAAUCCAAAGGUGCUCUGUUUCAGCUGCAUCCCAUCACCUUACUGAACAUGUGAAGGGCAUCACACAGCUCGGGGGAGUUGUUACAGGUGAUAGGACAUGUGACUGCUUGUAUAAUUGAACUGUAUUCAGACAUAUGAGGCUUGCGUCCCCCCGCAUUGCAGAGAGGUAAUUUUGUUGGGUUUUCAUUGUACUGUCAGAAGAGAAACUUGAUGUGUAUGCUUGAAUGUUAAUUCUGUUAAAUGUGCAUUGGUUUAUUUUGUCAAGUCAUUUUUUUAUGUUGGUCAAAAUGGAAAUUCAGCUGCAAGAGGAUGCAGGUUUCAUCCAUCGGU